UAACAUAAUACAAUAAAGAUCACUUAUUUAGGUCCCUCAGCUCACUCCCCGUUGUCAGCUCUCUCUGAUUUCACCAUUUUCGCGGCUUCUUCUUCAAUUACACUCUUACACCAAUCCUCUCUUCGUCUUUGUUCUUUCAAUUCUCCACUUCAAUUCAAGUUCCGGAAUCACCUUCCCACCGGCUCCGAUCAACAGUUACAACCUUCCUUCGUUUUCCCGUCAAUCUUCACAAUCUUUGUAAUCUGUCAACAGGGAAGUGUAUGAGCGGGUUUCUUCUUUAGUGGAAAAUGUUCAGUAAGUUAACCAAGCGUGGCUUUUGUACGGCAAUAUCAUCACGACCUUGGCUUUUUGUGGGGUUGGGAAACCCUGGAGAGAAGUUCAGAGGAACUAGGCACAAUGUGGGCUUUGAGAUGAUUGAUGUGUUUGCUGAGUCUGUUGGAAUUCCAAUGAAUAGGGUUCACUGUAAAGCUGUGUUUGGUGAAGGUUUUGUUGGGGACAUCCCUGUUUUUCUGGCAAAGCCUCAAACUUACAUGAACCUGAGUGGUGAAUCUGCAGGACCACUUGCAGCUUAUUACAAGCUACCUCUGAACCGUGUGCUCGUGUUUCACGAUGACAUGACCUUACCUUGUGGAGUGCUUCGGCUUCAACACAAUGGAGGACACGGCUACCACAAUGGGCUGAAGAGUGUCAUUUCUCAUUUUCGAGGGAACAGAGAGUUUGCUAGGUUAAGAAUUGGCAUUGGAAGGCCACCUGGUCAAAUGGAUCCCAAAGCAUUCUUGCUUCAAAAGUUCAAUAACACUGCACAAGAACGAAUUGAUACUGCUUUACAAGAAGGAGUUGGGGCAUUGAAGCUCCUAUUGUCUCACAGUUUGUUCGAGAGUGCAAGACACUUCAACCACGAACAAAAAUACAAGCAUAUAAGGCUACAAACCAUGCCAGUAUGAUGAGACUGUAUGGUGCAUUGCCAACGAAACACAAAUUCUUCCAAGUCCUCAAAGAUAAAACGAACGAAGGCAGAGUGGAGGUUUUACUUUAGGUACGCAAUGACUUUGUCUUCUGAUAUUUAUGUAAUUAUUUUAUGCUCACAACUGAUAAGCUUUGGUACUACUAAAUUGUCUCAAGUUAAUUAAUAUAUUAUUUAUUUAUAGAAUUGGACCUGAUUGUUUUUGUUUUAAUUUCUCUUUGGAGUUCAGCCCAUUGUCCUCUUGCAUUGUGCUUCAAUUUCAUAUCUUUAAAAUUAUAUAAAAUGAACUUGGGAUAUUAUUACCAAA